ACCUAGUUAUCAUAGCAAUGUUAAUUGCGAACGGUCGCUCGUUUAUCGCCCAUUUCUUGGUCUGAUAAGAUUAGAAUAGUCAUAUGGAUCGCAGAGCGCCAUCUUAAAUGCGCCUUGUGCAAGGUUUUUGUAAAUAAUACAAUUUUAAGAAACAUUAUGUGUGCAUUUUAAACGGAAGUGAUAAUGUUGUGGUGUUUUUAUAUGGUGUUAUCGUGAAAUGAGAGAUAUCCGUUCAGUGGUAGUCAUGCAUAACCCAAGGCCGUUGGAGCUACCAGCAAGGCCUGUGGAACCUCAUCGGAGUAGAUCGUCUUCUUGGUCUUGGCGAAGGACCAAUAAUCUACCUCGACCGGAACCCCGACUAUCAUUACAGUGUCAGACUGAUGAGAAUAGCUACCUGCUUCGGUUGAAAAUAGUGGGGGCUUACUCGUUAGCAAAGAAGGAUAUAUUUGGUGCUAGUGAUCCAUAUGUCCGCGUGGAACUGCAGAAGGUGGACGGUGACGUCACGAUUGAAACAUUUCUCACGAAAACUAAGAAAAAGACUCUAAAUCCAGUAUGGAAUCAGGAGUUUAUAUUCAGGGUGAAGCCGCAGGAGCAGAAGCUGCUGAUCCAGGUGUUCGACGAGAACCGGCUGACGCGCGACGACUUCCUGGGCAUGGUGGAGGUGUCGCUGGCGGGCGCGGGCGCCGAGAGCGCGGCGGCCGGCCGCGCGCCGCCCGUCAAGUACGCGCUGCGCCCGCGCAGGUCCGUUGCCCGUUCCCGGGUGCGCGGGUACAUCGAGGUUUACCACGCGCUGAUCGGGAGAGUGGGCGACCCUGGCACAGAGGAGGCCCCGAACCCGGCGCCUGAUGAUUGGGAAUUGGUGGAACCGGCGCCUCAAGUUGGAAAUGUUCAGCCGGUGUCCACGGUACCGUCGCUCACCGGAGACGACUGGCUGCUGGUGGAUGCAACGGACUUGCACGAUUUAGUGAUCGCCGGCGACCCUCUGCCUCUCGGGUGGGAGGAGAGACAGGAUGCGAACGGGAGGACGUAUUACGUGAACCACAUAGCGAGGUCCACGCAAUGGGGGCGGCCGACGUUUACGCGCAACAUGAGCACGGAGUCGCAGGCGGAGCGCAUGGAGACGGCCGUGACGGAGUUCCAGCGGCGCUUCCACAUCUCCGCCGACGACGGCCACGCCGCGCCCGCGCCCGCGCCGCUGCAGGAGGAUGUGAGUGAAAGGCGAGCCGAAAACUCAACCGAAAAUACUCCAUUUUCGACGCCAAUCCUCUCGCCCGAGCUGAGGGAGCAAGUUUCUACGGAAACAUCGACAAAUAUAAGCAAUGACUGUGAUACUAAUGUAAGACAAAAUUUAAACGAAGAAGACGAUGUAGUAUGUGGUAAUGAGAAUGUUGCCCAUACAGCUGAAGCAGACAAUAAUCAAAGUGAGGACACUGCUGAAAAUGCUCAAGAAAUUAGCGAUAAUCAAAAUGCUAGUCAAGAAACAGUUGAAUCGGAUGUGAACGCAGUCGACACUGAGCUACAAUCAGGAGUCGAAUCACUAUUGAAUGAUACAGAAUCCAACGGAGACCUCGUUGACGACGACACAAGGACGGAGAUAGAGGAAAUAACGUUCGGUAGAGAGAGAACCCUAACCGAAGAAACGGGCGAUGGGUCGGGGGAAUCGUUGACGUUUGAUGAAAAUCACUUUAGUACGCCUACAGGAGGUGUAACUCCCGAAAGGAGGGCGUCGACCUCCAGAAGGAGAAGGCCGACGACAAGUUCAUUGGAUGACUCCGAGGAUGAAACGGACGGGUCCACGGAUAGCACGAGGAGCAGCAGCUCAAGUAGCAGUCAGAGUCAGAAUUUACCCAACAGUGACGGUUUGCCGUCCGGCUGGAGCAUGCAGCGCGCUCCGAACGGAAGGAUAUUCUUCAUAGACCACAAUCAGAAGACUACAACUUGGAUCGACCCCAGAACAGGCUGCGCGUCCAGCCUGCCCAGCGCGGCGGCGGCGGGCGCGGACGCGGACGAGCUGGGCGCGCUGCCCGAGGGCUGGGAGGAGCGCGUGCACACCGACGGGCGGAUCUUCUUCAUCGACCACAACACCCGCACGACGCAGUGGGAGGACCCGCGGCUGUCCAACCCGCAGAUCGCGGGCCCGGCCGUGCCCUACUCGCGGGACUACAAGCGCAAAUACGAGUACCUCAAGAGCCAGCUGCGCAAACCCAGCAACGUUCCCAACAAGUUCGAAAUCAAAGUGCGUAGAAGUUCGAUCCUGGAGGAUUCGUACCGCAUUAUCAGCUCUGUCAGUCGGCUGGAUCUGCUCAAGACCAAGUUGUGGGUGGAGUUCGAGUCGGAAGUGGGGCUUGAUUACGGUGGCUUAGCUCGGGAAUGGUUCUUCCUGCUCUCCAAGGAGAUGUUCAACCCCUACUAUGGUCUAUUCGAGUAUUCAGCGAUGGACAACUACACCCUCCAAAUAAACCCCAACAGCGGCGUUUGUAACGAGGAGCACCUGAACUAUUUCAAGUUCAUCGGCAGAGUCGCCGGGAUGGCCGUGUAUCAUGGGAAGUUGCUUGAUGCGUUCUUCAUCCGUCCAUUCUACAAGAUGAUGCUCGGCAAGCCCAUUGAGCUCCAGGAUAUGGAAUCCGUCGACCUCGAAUACUACAACUCGCUCAUGUGGAUCAAGGAAAAUGACCCGUCGGAGCUGUAUCUGACGUUCUCAGUGGACGAAGAACAGUUCGGAAAGACUAUCCAGCGGGAACUGAAGCCCGGCGGAGCCAACAUCCCCAUCGACAACGAGAACAAGGACGAGUACAUCAAGCUCGUGAUCCAGUGGCGCUUCGUGAGCCGUGUCCAGGAGCAAAUGUACGCGUUCCUCGAGGGUUUGGGUGCACUGGUGCCGCUGCCGCUGCUGAAGAUCUUCGACGAGAACGAGCUGGAGCUGCUGCUGUGCGGUAUCCAACACAUCGACGUGCGCGACUGGCGUGCCAAUACGUUGUACAAGGGAGACUACCACGCCAAUCAUCUCGUGGUGCAGUGGUUCUGGAGGGUGGUGCUGUCCUUCUCCAACGAGAUGCGCUCCAGACUGCUGCAGUUCGUGACGGGCACCUCUCGUGUGCCCAUGAACGGGUUCAAGGAGCUGUACGGCUCCAACGGGCCACAACUCUUCACCAUCGAAAAGUGGGGCUCACCGGAGAACUAUCCCAGGGCGCAUACUUGUUUUAACCGCAUUGACUUACCGCCGUAUGAGAGCUACCAGCAGUUGAGAGAGAAGCUCGUUAAAGCCAUCGAAGGGUCGCAGGGCUUCGCUGGCGUCGACUGAGAACUACAGGUCCUCGAUAUACUUAUUAGUGCCCUGCGCUUAUGAGGACAAUAUCAACGAGGGCACAUAAAAAUAUUUUAAAUUCCUAUAUUUAACGUGAAAUUCAUUCGUUAUAAAAAGUUUUGUAAGGAAAGCAAGAGGUUUGAAACAUUUUAUUCAUCGUUUUUUUUUAUAAAUAUUAAACUUCACACUUGCUCUGUUUUAAAAAUAUAUAUAAAAUUAUUUGUUUCGUUUUCUUCCCUCUGUAUUAACUGUUUUAACUAUUCCAUUAUUUGUUUAAAACUUAGUCUCAGUGUAUUUUAUUCUUACAUCCAAUAUUAACUUAAUAUUAUUAAAUCGAAAUUCAAAUACGAAUAGCAAAAGUCAUAUCGCAAUACUUAAUGUUAAAUGUAUUUAUUAACGGCCUUCCGUAUUAACGUUGCUUAGUGUUUGGUUAAAUAGUGUUUUGUCCCUUUCUGUCAUUACUGAGGUGAUAAAUGUUAGAACAAGACAUCGUUUAACUAUUCGCACUUAAACAACGAUUAUAGGAAGUGUUUUAAUUAAUUUAUUGUCACGAAAUUGUCAAUAAUAUAAAAAUAUGGUGCCAUUUAGAGAUGACUUAAUAUCCAAUAUAAUGUCAAUAGGGUUGCUGGAUUGUAUAAUUGUAUACAAUGUGUAUAAUUAAAAUUUUAAAUUGCCUUGUGUACAUUUUGAUGAUGGUAGGAAAUCUACUAAGGCUUCCUGGGUAGGUAACCAGGUUACCAGCAAUCCAUUCCACCAGAUUUAGGUAUGAAGUGCGAGUGAGCCAGUGUAAUUACAUAUAAAAAAGAUAAAUUUCUAAUGUGAAUUGGUACUGCUUGUCCCCAAGUGGCUUAUUAACUUCUCCUGCCUUAUUGCUAUCAAUUAAAAAGUAUUAUUUUUAAUUAAAUAAUUAUAAGUAAUAGAGAAGAAUAUAUAUUAAAAAUGAAUGUUCUAUUAAUAAUUCUGGCAACCCUAAGUGUGAAGAUGCAUUUAAAUAAUUGCGUAAAUCAUUUUCAAUAUUUUCAUUAUUUAUAUAUAAUUACUAAUUAUACAAAUAUUUAAUACGUUAUCGCAAUUUGAACCUUAAUAGGUCAGUUCAUAAGAGUGAUAUUAAAGUAGCCUUCAUUUAUAUUAAUGUAAACGUUAAAAUUAUACCUUAAUUCAAUGUAUUAAGAUGUAUAUUUGUUUGUCCUGCUUAGCUGGUAUAUCACAGUCUUAUGUGAUUUACUAUUACUAUUGAAUAUCAUAUAAAUAACUUUAUAAUUUCAUAUCAAUUACUAUUUAACAAAAAGACACGACAGACUUAAUUUAAAGAAAAAAAAAUCGAUAUUAUCAAAUGUUUUUGAAAUCGCUUAAAAUGCUUUCGCUUAAAUAUUGCAUUCAGCUAUUUAUAAAGUAAAUAAUUAUCACAAGUAAAAUCAAUGGCGUCAUUAAAAAUAUCUACAAUAAACUACGAUGUAACGCAACAAACUGUCUAUGUACAGACUUUGAAGUAUACAGCGAUCAAAUAUAUUUGUAUAUAGAAAAUAAAAUUAUAUCUCUCAAUUGCUUAUGUAUUUCAUACCGUCUAUAUGUAACAACGAUCAAAUAUCAAAAUCAGCUUAACGUUAAAUGAUCCUGUUAAUAUUUUUCUCCUGUAUCAUAGCUGAAUGCGAUGUUUUAUUUUAUUUUCGUAUUAAAAUAAAUAUUAUCUGUAUAUAGUCUAGGUUACGGUGUAAAAAAAAUUGCUAAUGUAUAAAAUGUUUAGAUUUUCAAAAGUUCCAUCUAAUGGAGGGUGAUUUGACACAGUGUCGAGCAAUUUUUUUUUUCGUAAGCUUGUAUUUAUUUAGUUUAAAACAUAUUCCGACCUUAUUUCGUGUUAAGUUAUUUUAUAAUCGUUUUACUUAAAUCGCAUAGUUAGGUUAUGAAAAUAUAUUUUUUAAUAAAUAUUAUUAUUAUUAUUAAGCGAAAACUUAGUUACGGUUAUUAUAACUUUUUAUUUAUUCGUUGUACAACAAUAUUCAAUGCAUAUGUUUUUGAUUUACACAACAAAAUUAUAUCACAUAUUGAUACUAUGAAAUUUGAACAGAAAUGUGAAAAUAUUUCAAUUUCUACUUUGACUAACUUUGUGGAGAAUUAACGGUGUAAAUUUUUUUUAAUAGAUUUUCUUUGAGAACGCAACUUUGAGUGAAAUGUCAAUUUAUUUAUUAAUGUCAAAUAGAGUGAUACACUGCUUUACACGUAAGUGUUGUUUAGGAGUGUUUAGUAAUACAUGUUCUGUCUUUUUCUUUCUGAUGUAAAAUUAAUUAGAAAGGAAAGAGAGAUUCGUGUUUGAAUAAAUAUUUGCUAAACAACGCUUAUAAGUAAUACCGAAACCGAAACGUCUAAUGCAUGUGUUGGAUGAGUUGAGAUAUAUAUGUGCAUCCUUUUCUAACAACUAUAUUCUAUCAACUUUAUUCUUUCGAAAUUAUCUUUCUAUCAAACUGUCCUUUUCUGUUAUCGGCUAAGGUAUGGUUUUGUUUACAAUUUCUACGAGUUUCAUUGGUUCAUACAAAUACACAUUGUUAAUUUCCAAGGAAUAUAUUGUAGCAACAUUUUGAAAUUUCUAUUCAAAGAUAUAAAUAAAAAAAUAAAUUUGUUAAUUUUUUUUUUCAAAUGUAUUGACUCAAGUUUAUAUUCAGUUAUAAAAGUCGAGCAGGCGAUUUAUUAUGUAAGAAAAGAAGCAAUGUAGUAAAUAAAUGAAUUUUAUUUAUAUAAAUUAUUAAAAAAUAUAUAUGGUUAAAAGUAUUUUUGAGUAAUAAAUCACAUAAUCCUUAAAAAUACAGUUUCCAAAUCGCUGGUUUUAAGUCAGUUUAAUUACUUUAGAUGUAAUCUAAAUGCUCAUUGGUCACCUAUCACGUCAUGCUGCCACCGACCAAUCACCGUUCAGAUUAAAGCCAAAUUAAUACAAUUGUAAUACACUUACCAAUCAGGUGCAAAUCGAAUUCGAUAACCGAAAUAAUAGUGUUUGCUGUAAAAAAACUGAUAAUAUUAAAAAAAAGUGCUAUCCUUAUUUACUCCGCACACCAGAAAGGGAUAGCAAUAUUUUUUAGUAUUGUCCAAUAACUUUAUGAUUGUAUCGUCGGAAUUGACACCAAUAUUUGCUAAUAUGUUUAAGCCAACUUCUAGGCUUUAUUUUUAAAUGUUGUUUGAGGGGUGAUUAAUAUAAAAAUGUUGUCCUCUUCUUUCGAAUGUAAACUUUAUGAUGAAAGUAAGAGAGAAGGCAGUGUUCCACUAAACAACCGCGAAAGAACUUUUAUGAAUAAAGCCGUUUUUUUAGACAAUAUUAUACCGCAGUUUUAUCAUAUCGCCAUUGAAUUAAUUGUAAACGUUCCUAUAAUUCUUUUUAUUAUAUAUUUUUGUAUGUUGCCAUUCUUAAAAACUCGUUGCAAUAAAAUUAAUAUAUCGUGGUUUUCGUGGUUAUUAAAUUCUUAUUAAUUUCUGUUUCUAAAAUUGUAUAAACUGUUUUAUUUCUGUUUAAUUUUAGUGAUUUAGUUUGUAUAUUAAAAGUCGUCGAAACGUAUUAUUUCGUUGCGUAAAACCUCUUUUGUGCUUAUUGUCGAACAUUAAAUGUCGUUAAACAUAAAAAUAAAUUAAUAGACGGGUUUUGCUAUGAACGGAUAAUAUAGAAUAUUGUUUUUAUAUAAAACACAGUAUUAAUUAUGAUAUUUAAAAAUAUAUAAAUGAAAUAUUAUAUGCCAUACACUAUUUAUAAUUAAAUGUAGUAUAUGGCAACACUAUUUUCGUAUUUUUUUUGUAGAAAACUUAAAUUUCUUUUUUUUCUUCGAAAUGAUACGUUUUUGGCUUUAAGCGAUAAUGUAUUGAAUUUGUUAGUUUGGUUUAUUAAGAACAAUGUUUGGUGUUGUCGAAAAGAUGACUAUUUUUAUUACGACUGUACUUUUAACGAGCGUCUGUACAUAGUUAAUUGAAAUGAAGGAUUAAUAAUGCAAAUAAAAUAUCGAUUAUAUCGUUAA